AUGGCCGUGGAUAACAUCCUAUCCAUCCUGAGUGAGGAUCUCUCGGAAGGGAGCGAAAUUGGUGAGGAUGAUGAUUCUGGAGAGUCUGGUGAUGUCAUGUCUGACGAUAACAGACUGGAUGAUGCUAUGACCCUCAUGCAGUAUCAAAAUGAAUCCCGCAAAGAAACCCUAAUUCGUAAAGGAUCGCAGGUCUCUGGUUCAUCCCUGAAGAAGGGAAGACUGGAGACUGUUGAUCGGAUCUUUUCCUUGAUCAGAUCUCACCACCCGUCGAUCUUCUGUCUGGUUGAACCUCAUGCUAAUGGUGUCCGCGUCGAUCGCUUUUGUGGUAAAUUUGCUAAAAAGUGGAAUUGGGCUGCCCUCCUAGCUGACGGUCUCUCUGGUGGGAUAUUCAUUAUCUGGAAAAAGCAUCUUGGUCUUGUGACUCCUAUUGCGGUCUCUCGCAGGGCGUUGCACCUUGUUAUUUCUCCUUCUUUUAAUUCCAGUUGGUUUCUUUCUGUGAUUUAUAAUUCUAACAGAUUUGUUUCUCAAUGCGCCCUCUGGACCGAACUCUCCAAAAUCACUGCCGUGAACCUCCCUUGGCUCAUUAUCGGCGAUCUUAACACCAUUGCUAGUCCCAGUGAACAUCGUGGGGGUUCUUUUAGUUAUUACUCGCGCAAGGCUCAUGCUUUCUCUAAUUUCAUUGACAGUAAUAAUCUUCUGGAUUUGAACUUUUCUGGUUGUAGGUUCACCUGGUGCAACAAUCAAGCUGGUCUUUUCAGGCGCUGGGCCAGGUUGGAUCGUGGUUUGGCUAACUUAGCUUGGCUUUAUAAAUUUUCUUCGGUUUCUCUUUUUCAUCUUACUUGUACAAUCUCUGAUCAUGCCCCUCUCCUUCUUUCGGUCUUUUUUAUCCAUCAGCGUCGUAAGUUUUUAUUUCGCUUCUAUAAUUUUUGGUUGGAUUAUCUGGGUUGUCAUGAUGCUGUUUGGGAGGCCUGGUUUGUUUCCCCUCAUGGUAAUCCUUUACAUUCCUUUACUCACCUUCUCUCUCGUACUCGGUCUAAUAUCUUGUUGUGGAGGGCCUCUGGUUUAACCUCGUUGGAUGCUGAUAUGAAGGAAACCGAAGAAUCUAUUUGCUCCUUGGAGCUAAGGGACUCUUUGGAUUCAGUGAGUAUUGAUCGUCUGAUGGAGUGCUAUAACUGGUUUUCCAUUUUACAGCAUCAUAACUCUUUGAGGUGGGCUCAGCGUGCUCACUUGCUUUGGCUUAAGGACGGGGAUCAUAACACCACAUUCUUUCAUAAUUCAGUUCCUAUCCACACUCAUUUUAACACUAUCUCUCAGGUCUGCGACAACUCUGGUAAUGUGGUAUCUGAACACUCAGACAUUGAGAGUAUGUUCGUUAAUUUUUAUUCUAAUUUGUGGUCUGAUUCUUCUGAAAUUACUUUUACUGAUAUCUUUAAUGCCCUGCCUGAUGAUCUCCCUUCUCUUUCUGAGCAUGAGGCUUCUGCCCUUACCCGGCGGUUACUAAGGAUGAAGUUUUUGCUUCCUUGCAAGACCUCCCCUCUGGUAAGGCUCCUGGCCCUGAUGGUUUCAAUGCUGAAUUCUAUCAUUUCUCCUGGCCAGAUAUUGGGGAUAGUCUCUUUGAGGCCAUUUCCUAUUAUUUUUUAUAACUCUGUGUUGCCACCUUCUAGGGGCAGAACCUAUAUCACUCUCAUCCCUAAAAAGGAUCAUCCCAGGUUUGUCUCUGACUAUCGCCCUAUUUCUUUAUGUAAUGUUUGCUUCAAAAUUGUGACUAAAAUUCUUGCUAAUCGGCUUAAGAGUGUCCUCCCUAAACUCAUUAGUCAUGAGCAAGUUGGCUUUGUUUCGGGUAGAUGCUCUUUUGAUAAUAUCAUUGCCUUACAUGAGAUAGUGCAUACUUUGGAGAAUGAUAAUAAGAACCCCCCUAGGAUGUUGACUAAAAUAGAUAUUGAAAAAGCCUAUGAUUUGCUUAAUUGGAGUGCAAUUCUUGCCACCUUAGCUAAGAUGAAGUUUCCCAACAUUUGGAUAUCUUGGAUUGACACUUGCUUGAGAUCUAGUUCUUUUUCUCUUCUUAUUAAUGGUUCUCCUUUGAAUUGGUUUUCUUCCUCCCGUGGUGUUCGCCAAGGAGAUCAUAUCUCUUCUUACCUGUUUAUCUUAGUGUCUCAAAUUCUCUCUUCUAUUUUGAACAAGGCUCUUCAUAUGGGUUUGAUUCCAAGUUUUGAUGCUAAUCUUUCAUACAAUUUUAACCACCUUAUGUAUGCUGACGACCUUCUUAUUAUUACUAGGGCUUCUCGUUUAGUUGCUAGAAACAUCAAUUUUUGUCUGCAGAUUUAUGCUCUUCUUACUGGGCAAAAGGCCAAUGUUAGCAAAUCUGUAAUAUAUUUUCCUUCUUGGUUCAAUUCUAGAGUGGCGAGAAGUAUUUCUUCCAUUCUCAACUUUCCCGUUGCUUCUUUCCCUCUAACCUAUCUAGGCAUUCUCAUUUCUCCUAAAAGACUUAAGGCUUCUCAUUUCAAACCUAUGGUGGAUAAAAUUUCCCGUACUUGCUCCAGAUGGAAGCAUUCUAACCUUUCUUUAGCAGCUAAAUCUACUCUUAUUAAUGCUUCCAUUCUUGCUAUUCCAGUAUAUUACCUCUCGGUCUUUCCUGUUUUUCAAUAUGUUCUUCAUGAGAUAUCCAAGAUUGUUAGGAAUUUCUUUUGGCACAAAGGUGGCAAUGGAAAGGGCAUCCAUGCGGUUUCUUAG